GUCCACUCUCGGCAUAUCAUCAACAACAUCAACCAUAUCCUCUGCCUCGCUGGCUCUCGGUCCGUCCACUCCACUCCCCUCGUCACACGCGCCAACAGCGCCACCCCCAUUGCCCUCAGCCGUCUACACCACCGCCGCCGCCGUCCUUGCGCGCCGCCCUAUCCCCCUCCUUCCCCCUCCAUCUCCAGCUCUUGCCUCGACAAGAGAACGCUAAGCGUCUCCGCCACAAUCCCCCGCCCCCGUCCCCGAACCCGCCCCGUCGACGAGCAACUCCUCACCAUGUCGGGCGCACGGAGUAUUUCACGGGUGUAUGCCGACGUAAACGAGAAGAUGGGCCGGUCGUGGUGGGACUAUGACAACCUCGUCGUAACAUGGGGUGUCCAGGACGACUACGAAAUUGUGCGCAAGGUCGGACGAGGAAAGUACUCGGAGGUUUUCGAGUCGGUACACCUGCCCACGAACCAGAAGUGCAUCGUCAAGGUGCUCAAGCCCGUCAAGAAGAAGAAGAUCAAGCGCGAGAUCAAGAUUCUGCAGAACCUCGCUGAAGGACCUAACGUCAUUGGCUUGUUGGAUGUGGUCCGCGACAGCCAGUCCAAGACGCCAUCGAUCGUGUCCGAGUAUGUCAACAACACCGAGUUCAAGACGCUGUACCCAAGGUUUACCGACUUUGAUGUGCGCUACUACAUUUUUGAGCUGCUCAAGGCGCUCGACUUCUGCCACUCAAAGGGCAUCAUGCACCGCGACGUCAAGCCGCACAAUGUCAUGAUUGACCACGAGAAGAGGCAACUGCGCCUCAUCGACUGGGGACUGGCCGAGUUCUACCACCCGGGUACCGAGUACAACGUGCGCGUUGCGUCGCGAUACUUCAAGGGUCCCGAGCUGCUUGUCGACUUCCAGGAGUACGACUACUCGCUUGACAUGUGGUCGCUCGGAUGCAUGUUCGCGUCCAUGAUCUUCAGAAAGGAGCCCUUCUUCCACGGCCACGACAAUGCCGACCAGCUCGUCAAGAUUACUCGGGUGUUGGGCACCGACGAGCUCUUCAACUACUUGGAACGUUACGACAUUGACCUUGACGCACAGCUUGACGACCUCAUCGCGCACCACCCGCGCAAGCCUUGGAACAAGUUUAUCACGACGGAGAACCAGCGCUUCAUCUCGAACGAGGCCAUCGACUUCCUGGACAAGCUGCUGCGGUACGACCACCAGGAGCGCUUGACAGCAGAAGAGGCUCAGGAGCACCCGUAUUUCCAGCCCGUAAAGCAGGCGUCAUAGGGGAUGUCGCGCCAUUAGUAAUGAACGUGGGUUGGUGUGUUAGUAGUUGGCCCGGGCACGCUGGCUACGCUGCUCAUGGCCGCUAUGCUCGAGGCCCCAGAGCCGCCGAGUUGCAUCGUGUAGAUAUACCCUCAUGCCGAUCAUCAUUACAGAUGAUACUGUCUCCCGCCACUCCGAGUUUCUCUUCCGUGUUCCAUAAAAGGUCGCCAUGUUUCGCAUGCACAAUGACAUGGCCAUGAUGGGUGGUCGUAGUCCGGCUGUGG